GCGACAUCAGCACCUUCGCUGCGCCGACCACCACCAUCAGCAGUCAGCUGCAUACAUUGAAGACCGAGGUCCAGAAGCUGCAGUCGACAAACGCGGACGACAAUCCGAAAAUGUACAAGAUGCCAACUUUCAACCUGGAGAGGUUCGACGACUACACGCAGCAGGAUCCCGUCCUCUGGUGGGAAGCAUUCACAAUGCAAGUCAGGAUUCUGCCAGUAUCCAAGCACGCGUACAUCGGCGCCCUGUUCCUGAACUCAAAAGGCGGAUGCCAGACCUGGUUGAGCCACCUGGCAACCUCCCACGACGUCGACGUACCAGACUUGAAGGACGUAAUCACAUGGGAGGAACUAACACGGCUGUGGAAGAAGCGGUUCAUCGUCGACGACGCGCCGGCACUCGCCAUCAACCAUUUCUUCACCAUGUCACAGGGCAACACAACAACACGGGACUGGCUCACGGAGUGGCAGAAGAUUGCGGCUGUGCCCAAUCUGAACCUACCAUUCGAGCAUCUACGCCGUGAGUUCUACAACAGGUCCUGUGCGGCAUUGAGCCAGGCUCUUGGUGAUCGCGAGCAGUACUCAACCUUCGCGGAGAUCAUUGACAAAGCGAGGGAGAUCAUCCAGACCAACAGGACAGUUUCCAUGGGUCAAGUUUGGCUUGACCGAGGCGGAGUACAAGAUCCGCGGCCGCUACGGCAGCUGCUAUUGGUGCAACAGCACCAAGCACAAGACCUCCCUGUGCCAAGAUCAGGGCAAGGAGGAUGUGCGACCCCGCCUCAGCUCGGGAAACUGAGCUUCGCGGAAGGUGAGGCGACUCCACCUUCUACUCCGCCAGAUUCGGUCGCCUUGCUAGCGGCCUCUUGCACAUCUGGGGAGGAUGCGAAUGUCGCAAGUCCUCGGUAUACUUACGAGGAUUAUGCUGUCCACUUGGUUCCACCGCUGGACCAACCGCUCCACGUGCAACAGUCCACCGCAUGCACGGUUUCAYCACCAUCGGCAACCGAUUCGGCARCUUCGCCGCAAYCUAUCGSCGGGGAUUCGACGUCAUGGUCAAGACUUGAAGARCUCGACCCAUUGACGUUCACGRACUUCCASUGGAUGCCCGUUCCYUCGACCGGACGAUUGYCGAAACCGCAUUGCAAYGYGCUUAUGGCACAAKUGCGGGACUWCUUGCUCACUGCAGUACCAGCUCCGUUGAUGGACGCCGGAGCAGAGGUUGUCGACCUUCACGCUUUCAUCGCGAAGAUCGACCGCGAGUUCAAGACGCAACGGUACGACGACAUCGACGCACCAUUGCUAUACAUACGCAUUCAGAUCGGAGAGGCGACCUGMAGUGCCUUGAUCGAUUGCGGAGCAUCUCACAACUACAUCAGCCAGGACUUCAUGGUACGUGCCGGCCUUGGCCCACGUGUCCGGCGGAAAUCCCAGCCUACGCAAGUCACUCUGGCAGACGGUCAUACGCACAAGUCCAUCGAUCGAUGCAUUGACGUCACCCCAGUGUACUUUGCCCCCCACGCAAGUGAGGCGGUGUCCUUCGACAUUCUGGACACCAAAUUCGACAUGAUCUUGGGCAUGUCAUGGCUGCGAAGCAAGGAUCACCCUGUGAACUUCUUCAACCGCACCGUUCACGUUCACGGGCAGACGGAGCGGGCACAUCAGACCGCUCAAAUGAUGCUUCGUACGCUUAUCCGUCCGGACCAGAAAGAUUGGGUUGACCGCCUCCCCCACAUCGAGUUCGCCUACAACACUUCGGUGCAUCCGGCGAUCGGCGUGACUCCAUUCGAGUUGCACCACGGUGGACGGAAAGGCCGGAUCUUCGCCGACCUUCUCCUCCCUCGACCAGCCGACAUUGACGCUGCCUGCUCUCCCUCUUCCGUCCGAAAGUACAGGGAAUUGCUGACUCAAGCCCGCGCAAAUAUGCAAAAGGCUAAAGUCCGCACGCAGCAGCAAGCCAACAGGCGUCGCGUACCAUGUCCCAUCCGCGCCGGUGAUCUGGUUUGGGUCUCCGCGGAAGAGUUUGCACUGGAACAGGAUGUUUCACGCAAACUGCUUCCCAAGUGGUUUGGACCUUGGUCUGUGACAGCAGCCACGGGCGAUGAGCCCGAUGGCCCUUCAUUUGUGAUCAACAUUCCAGAGCAUCUGACGGUCCAUCCGGUCUUCCACGCCUCGAAGCUGGCAACUUACACCCCAKCCAAGAGCGACGAAUUUCCGGACCGACGAUCGCAGGACCCUCCUUCUAUGGAUGGCCAUCAGGAAGUUGACCGCGUCAUCUCCGAUCGCAAGUACGGCAGCAAGCCGCGGCAGUAUAAAGUCACAUUCAAAGCAUGCGAUCGCGACGACACUCGGUGGAUAUCAGGCGCAGAUUUGAAAGCAUCCGCACCGCUGAUCUACGCGCAUUAUGAAAAGCGCAGGUUAGCUCAGGAAGCUUCACGACCAGCCCCUCCCACCCGGACUGUGGUCCCUCCCUCAGACAGACAGCUUCGCCCUUGCAGGUCAGGGACGGAUCUGGAGCCAAUCACGAACGAGGGUCUGGUGUUCCUGGCGCAACUCCUCGACGAUUUGGCCCUGGAUAUCAUUUCGCGCUGCGACGAGCGGCCCGCGGUAGCGACGCUUACCCGUACAUUGGUACCGCAUUUACUGUGGUCCAUGUGUACAGAGCUUGACAGUGACAAUUGCUACUACCCCUCCUCAAGCCAUUACCUAGCCAUUGACGUGACCGACCUCACCUUGUGGGAUCCGAUCAUUCGAAGAGUGGAGGUGGAAGGGGUAGCUGACGACGCGGAGGAAGAAAGAGAAGAGAAAAGCGAAGAGGAAGAAGAAGAAGACUCGGAGGUGGAAACAGACGAUCCCGAUUACCACGAGUCAGAGGAGAGUGAGUUAGGAGGGAGUGGAUCGGGCGAAUCAAAUAGCCCCAGCGAGCCGAGCAAGGAAGAGGACGAGGUGGCAGCCCAGAGUAGGCGAGAGAGGGCGGAAGGAAAGCGGCCAGUGGAAGAAUCGGACGGGCUAGCAACGCAGCUGUCAUAAGGUGAUCCGGCGCGCAAUCCAGAGA